AAAUAAAGGGGGUUUAUGUUGUUUGGGUGGCAAGGACUUGAGCAAGAGAUUGGGGUAGAAAGGAAGGAAAUUUUUGAUGAAUCAAUUUUGGAGGAAUAUGAUUUUGGUGUUUGGAAGGAAGACUUGACUUCAGAAAUCAAACCACAAGAAAACUUAGAAGAGACAAAGGAUAAACCUAAAUUAAGCCAAAAUAGCGAACAACUAGAUCCAAAUAAAAUGGAAAAGAAACUUAGGAAUAGAAUCAGGUCAAGAAAAGCAAGAAAGAGGAAGAAGGAAUAUCUUGAAGAACUCGAGACUAGAGUAAAAUACCUUGAAAAGGAAAACAUUCGACUUUUAAAUUUGCUGAAUCAAAACAAAUCAGAGAGUCAGAAAGAUAACCCAAUGAAUUCUAAGGUUCCGAUCAAUGAAUAUGAUAAAGUCCUCAGAAAGGUUUGGUCUAAUGUUAUUGACCUUGAAACCUUCGAUAAGAAGGAAAAUCCAAAGCCUCUUGCUGAUAUCUGGGAUGAUGAAUGUUGGAAACUACUUGAAAAGCACAAGUCUUUCGUUGAUUCAGCUAUAAAAAUGCUGAUCAAUAACAUUCAUGGGAAUUCAACUCCUCCAUAUUGGAAAGACCUGACUGAAGAAUACACCACUGACUACAAUAUAAUCAAGAAGCUCAAUAGUAGGACUAAGUAUCAGAUCCCUGAGUUCAUGGAGAGCCACGAGUUGAAUGAGCUUGAUCUCUUUGUGGCUUCACUGAACCCAACAAAGAACCAAUUCAAUUUCCUCAGAAAAGUUCUUUUUAAAAAGAUGUUUGAGCUUAAGAUGAAAUGCCAAGAAGCAAUAAAGAAGUUGCUUGAUGCAAAGAUUAUAAUACAAGAAACCUAUGGGGAACAUUUCCUCAUUGGAGGAUUGUUCUUGGCAAAAUCUGGAAUAUUCAAGGAUGAACAAAUCAUAAAUUCCAAAAUUAAAGAGACUAUUAUAAAGAAAGAAGACACCUUAAAAGAGGUAUGGAAGGUUAAAUCAGAGCCUUAUACACUCACCUACAAACUCUCAAGCGAUAAGAUCAUCGGAAGGGCUAUUAAACAGCAUCUCUCCAAGGAGAAUUAUCGGAAAAACUUAGAUUUUAAUCGAUUCUAUAUCAACGUCACGUAACAUGUUAACCAAACCUAAACUUCUUCAGGCCGAUCAUUUCAUCCCAUGAAUCUUGGUCCUACAUUUCA